AUGGAACCAAAGGUCGAAAUCACCCCCACUCUCCUCAAUGACAAGGCUUUUGCCUUUCUUGAGAGGUUUGCAUGCAAUGAUGUCACUGACACCUCCCUUCUAUUCAAUGUCGAAAUCGAGCUUGCCGUCGCGGGGAUAAACACCAUCAAGGCUGCACGGGAGCUCGCACAAGCUAAGGUAGUCACAGUAGUUCCCCUGUUGGAAGAUGCUGCUGCAUGGCAGUUGGAGAUGGAGAAAUUCAGGCGACAGGAGGGUACCGCUGUUGAGGUCGUUAGGGCAGCCAUGGCUGAGCGUGGCGUCGUUGAGCCUUCUAGUGCACGCAAUGCCCCCCCUGCUCAGGCUUCUUCCUCCUGCGACGUCUCCCAUGUGGUCCUCUCCCCCCAAGCUUCUUCAUUGCAGACUCGUAAGCUAAUGUUCACCUUCGGUUUUGGAUCCCUCGCUAACCACUCAAUCAGGCAAAAGCUCAUGCAGAUCCCACCGCUCUCUACGCCCAGCGAAGCAUCCAAGAAUGAGCAAAACGAAGAGGACGAAGAGGAAGAUGAGCUAGAUGACAAAGCUAACCAUUGUCCAAGGGUGACCGAGAUACCUCUGUCGGGGCAUGCAAAUUUAACUCAACAGCUUGAAAGCCUUUUUCGUCGCUACAGUGGUGAGGGGAGUGCAGAAGGGUCGAGGGCGAAGGCGCAUCAGCAGGGCCCAGUUCGCAGUGUUGAAGGUCAUAUGGAGGUGGGUACGAAUCGGACUCAGCCAAGAGUAUUCAAGGUCGUGCUGCCCUCUGCUCGUUCUGCAGGAUUCAUCCUCCAGCACUUCAAGCUGGAAGGCCUAAAAUGCAAGACUUUCCAUUCAGUCCCUUGCCACAUUUAUGUGGAAGCUCCCAGCGCGCAAGACGUCCGACUCAGGCUUCCCCCUUCACACGCCAAUCUUGUCCCACAGAUCGUGCCAGUACCAAUGGAAGAAAUGGAACCCUUUGCGCAGCCCAGUGACAUACCUGUUCACUCUUGGGUUCGCUUGUUAACAAGUGGUCUCAAGAACGAAAUUGCCUAUGUAAAGUGCAUCGAAGGCAACUCGGUGUACCUUCUCAUCGUUCCUUGGAAUUUGCCCUACAUCUCCAGUGGUGAGAACUCUGCGGCCCACCGGGAGCUUUUUGAUGUGGACCUGGCCCGCCAACAUGGCCUGGAGGUAAUCCUUACCCCGAGUCCGGAGGGGCAUACUAUCGCCCACUGCCUCCAGUCUCAGUACCACUGUGGCCUUCUUCACAGGCGUUUUCAGAGGCAUAAUGUCGAGCUGGUGAGCUUGCCUACUCCUGAGAAAAUUGCAUGGUUUGUCAUGUCGGACGUGGAUCCCACUUUGGUUGCACGUACCUUGACUCAUUUCUCCACUCAAAAGUGGCAGGUAGGAGAUUGUGGCAAGAUUCAGGCUGGGGAGUUUGUCAACGAGGUAGCAUACGUCGUGAUGGACAUCCAAGGUGAAUCAGUGAUUGUUCGUUUGGAUAAUCCUACUCUGGAAUUGCCUACAUCUCUGGAGAUUUCAAUUCACGACUUCAAAUGCAAGUUUCGCAGUGGCGAUUCAGUGGAUGUCAUUGCUGGCCCUCAUUGUGGCUUUGAGGGCAUGGUACUCAGUGUCAACGUGAUCGAGGACAUGGCUCUUUUGUGUGGCAACAGUGGACAACAGGCAAGUCAGGCAUCACACAGAGUGCUGCUGAGCUAUCCCAACCAAGACCCCCAUGAUCAACUGCGACACCAUCCCCCAGUUGAAGAGCACUUCAUAGAGCCUGGGGACAUGGUAUGUAUCAUCAGCAGACCCUACAGGGGCCUCGCAGGCCGAGUGCAAUACUUCUCCCACAGCCUCAGACAAAUAUGGGUCACACGGCACAUCGAAAAGGCAUUCGACAACGAAGAUGCCAAGGGGGACAAAGGCAAGUCCAAGGCUCAAGUACCAGAGGUUCCCAGUAAGGACAGCGACAGCGAUGGGGCUGACGAUGAGGAGUUCUCGAAGGAGAAGGGGUGGGACGUUUCUAAAGGCAACCUAAUACAAGUCAUAUGGGGUCCUGCUGUAGACGUCAAAGGAGUUGUUCGCAGUGUCGACCUGAUCACUGCAACCCUUACACUGGAGUCUGAAGACGGUCCAUGGCACAACAUUCCUAUUAAUUUCUGCGCUAAAUUAAGGGACUACUCCCUUCGUGAUGCAGAACGACAUAUUGGAUGUGAAGUAUGGAUCAUCUCGGGUCCAAAUAAGGGAUACAGUGGGACGCUCGCCAUGACGUUCAAAAAUACUGCAGUUGCCUCCAGAUUUGGCAUCUUGCUUGAUGGGACACCACUAGGUCCCUCGUGCUUGGCGGCAUUCAACCAUAUGCAACAGAGGUGUUUCAUAACUCAAUCUCGAUGUCGCAGCACCACUCUGCCUCCGCUGCCAAGCGAAAAUCCCUCAGCAGAUCCAGGUCCAAGCAACCCCUGGGUCACCACUCCCGAUGAUGUCAAUCUGCAAUGUCGCAGUGAGCAGGAGCGACAAACCAUUGACUAUGGAUGUGUGUCUUGGCUCUUUGACAACGACUUUUGUAACUUCAGCAAGUGGCAUGUCUGCUUGAGAGUCGGGCUUGCCUACAAUCGCGGGACCCUGGGCAAGCGGGUGGUUUGCACCACCAUUCCAGAUCAUUUCUUUUCGGAGAAGCAUGGCGUGGCACCUCCUGGGCAUGUGUCGGUUACCAUGACCUCAAGCACAGUAAGCACCAUCAUCGAACACCACACUAUUCCGGCAUGCAACUUGUCCCCCACCAACCCAACAAGUACUGGUCAGUUCUGCCUAAUACUGAAGGGCGUGCUCCAAAGCAAAAUUCACCGCAUCAAUAAAUGUCAAACUAAGAAAUCCCUGAAAGGGGUGGUAUUAGAGGAUGGGACUCAGCUUCCAUUACUGUGA